AUGAUACUUUAUCUUUGUAAUGUCGAUUCAACUCUAGAACAAGAAUCAGACGAAACUGAGAAAUUCAAUGCUGGUUGUGCACCCGGAAUUCGAUUUAAAGACUCUGUCGAUUCUAAUGAAACUGUUGAGAUAGAAAUGGACGAACCCAAUUCUUCAGCCAAGAAGUAUAACGGCAAAAUCGUAAAAGAUAUUGGAACGAAGUGGAAAACUUUGGCAAGAGAAUUUGGAAUUGAUGAAGGCGACAUCGAUAAAAUUAUAGCUGAAAAAAUUGGAUCAGUUGACGAUCAAUGUGCGCAAAUGUUGAGUAAUUAUAAGCGUAGAAAAGGUCGGAGUUACACAAAGAAAGCAUUAGUUGAAGCACUCUUUAAAAGUUGUUUCUACAUAUAA